AUGCUUGCAUCUGGUGACGGCAACGACCAACCCGGGAACAACAACCCGACGCGUCUCGAAAACGCGCAUAGGAGGAAGGGCAAGGGGAGGAGAAAGGUGGACAUGGAGAAGAUCCAGAACGGCACCAAUUGCCAAGUCACCUUCUCGAAGCGCCGCGGAGGCCUCUUCAAGAAGGCGAGCGAGCUGUGCACGCUGUGCGGCGCCGACUGCGCCCUCCUGGUCUUCUCCCCGGGCGAAAAGCCCCACUCCUUCGGCCAUCCCAGCGUCGAAGCUGUCACCAAUAGGUUCCUCCAGGCUAGCGGCGGACUACUGCCUCCGCCGCCAGCUGGAGUGAAUUCAGCUGAGAGGCUGAUCAGGGCUCACAACGAAGCUGCCAUGCAGCAGCGGAACCAGCAGCUGGCUAACAUGGAGGCGGAGGUGGAGCGGACGAAGCAGCGGAGGAGGGAGAUCGACGGCCUGGUCCCGAUGAUGGGCGACUUCAACUUCGAGCAGAUCGGGCAGAUGUGGAAUAUGGCGUUGCAGAUCAACGGGCAGGUCGAAGAAGCCAAGCAGAAGGGUGUCGAUUCUACGUCGGCGGCCGCUGGUGUUUAUGGUUACGGCGGCAGUGCCGCGGGGCAGGGAUAUGGAUACCCGGCCCCGCCGUUUCCGCCGAUUGGGGAUAAUGGAAUGGGGGGCUACAAUUAUGUAGAUCCCUUCUCCAUUGUUCCUCAUGACGGCGGCGCCGGCAGUUCUAACCCGGCGGCAGACGUUGACGGCGCUCCUGACGAGGCUAAUUACGGGGCUCCCGACGAGGAUAGUUAUGACAGAUUUCCCGACAAUUUCGGCCACCCUGGGUAUUAG